AUGAAGUUCUUCGCUGUCUUCACCGCUCUCGCGGCGGUGGCCAGCGCCCACCCCUUUGAGGCCAUCUUUGGCCGUGACACUUGCGUGAACCCCAACCGCGUUGUCACUUUUGUGAUUGACAACUCUGCCUCCAACGGUUACGCCAAGGAGAACAUCAAGGGUUCCGACCCCAACGGUCUCCGUUUCGAUGGUGCUAGGAAGCUUAUCGCUGCCAUGACUCCCGGCAAGGACCAGGCUUCCGUCGUCACCUUCACCACCAGGUCCAAGGUCCUUGUUGGCAACACUGAUGUCGGCAACAUCCACUUCAGCAACCCGGACAUUGGUGGUCUGACUACCAUGGAGGAGGGUGUCAAGGGUGGUGCCGACCAGCUUCACGCCGCUGGCAACAUCCGUGACCGCUCCGCUAUGAUCUUCUACUCUGACGGCCGUGACUCCGACUCGAUCCUCCGCCCCAAGCUCGUUCCCGGCAAGCUCCAGGCCCUUGCCAACGAGGGUGUCCGUAUCCACUGGGCUCAGCUCAACGUUGACGGCGAGAAGCGUCAGCCCCCUGGAGUCGCCGAGGUCGCCUUCCACUCUGGUGGUAUCUACGCCGAGGUCAACGACGCUGCCUCCCUGACCAAGUUCAUCGACCAGGUCCUCGGCAAGGGUAUCACCAACGGUGACUGCCACAACAACGGCGGCAACCCGGGUGGCCCCAUUGAGGAGGGUGUUAUCACCCACGGCAUCUGCUCCAACAACGUCCAGGCUGUCUACACCUACACUCCUCAGCGCAAGGAGAAGAUUGACAUUGACCUUGCUCUCCUCACCACCAAGAACAAGGUCAACCUUAACGUUGUCCUCGAGAACAAGGCUACCGGCGAGAAGAAGGAGGGCAACGUCAACAGUGGCAACGCCAAGCAGACCAUCUCUGUCUCCGCCGACAAGGGCCAGCAGAUCACCGUCACCGUCUCUCCCUCGAACGCCUCCAACGACGAGUGCGAGUACACUGUCAGCCUGCGCACCACCGCCGACAGCACUCCCGAGCCUUCCUCUUCCUCCACUCAGCCCGAGCCCACUCCUUCGUCCUCUUCCACUCAGCCUGAGCCUACCCCUUCGUCCUCCUCCACUCAGCCUGAGCCUACCCCUUCUUCCUCCUCCACUCAGCCUGAGCCCACUCCCUCGUCGUCUUCGUCGAAGGAGCCUGAGCCCACCCCCUCGUCUUCCUCUACUCAGCCUGAGCCCACUCCUUCCUCUUCUUCCACUCAACCGGAGCCCACCCCUUCUUCGAGCACUUCGAAGGAGCCCGAGCCUACUCCCUCUUCCUCUUCCACCCAGCCUGAGCCCACCCCCUCUUCCUCCUCCACCAGCCCCGAGCCUACUACGUCGGCCACCUCGUGCCCCGCUCCCCCCGAGCCGACCACCCAGACCGUGACCUCAACUGUCGUCACGACCGUCACCGCCCCGGCUCCCUCGUCUACGGCCUCGGUCUGUAUCUGCAAGUGCGACGCCCCUGGCGCCAAGCCCAUGCCCAAGUUUGAGCUCUAA